UCCAUGGUACAUAAAAUCAGUUGUUAUGCAUACGGUUGUGAUGACAAAACUUUGAGAACGAACAAACCUAGAGUCGGAAGCAUUCUUGUCCAUCAUGGGAAUCAAAGACAGAGUAAUAGACACUCCACUGUUUUUGAAAAUAUCAUGUGUUCUAGUGAUUGCAGCUUUCGUUAUCAAUCUCAUCGGUUUCUCUGUACCUUAUUGGUUUGAAUUGAAAAGUUACCAUGAAGGUCUAUGGUCAAUUUGUAUUGACUCAGAAUGCACGGACUACUCAUUUAAGAAUCUGGCGAGUUGGUUUGAGGCCUCCCGGACUUUUGCUGCCUUUGGGUUUAUAGGAUCCAUCGCUACCAUAGUCCUCCUGGUCCUGUAUAUCUUCGUAGAGAAGCUUAGCAUUUAUAUCGUGUACAUCGCCGCUGUGGUCACGUGUUUUGUGACAGGUGGCUUUAUCUUGCUGACCGUGUUGAUCUAUGCGGCCUUCCUGAACAACCUGUCCUGGGGCUGGGCUUUCUGUGUCGUGGCCUUCUUACUCUACUCAGUGGCCGGGGUCCUACUGAUUAUUAACUUCCUAAGGAAGGACGGGAAAGUGGCCAGCAAAUAAAUUAUAAACUGUAAAAUAAAAACGAAAUGGGAAAUAUUCAAUUUC